AUGGGUGGCUCAAUGUUCUCCUCGGGUAACGACCCUCUACACACUCCACGCAUGCCGCCCCAUAUCUACCAUCAUGUCAAAGCCGCAUGCCACGCUGCCCUACGCACCAUGUUUGUGUGCGUCGCCGGACCCAUCGAGGGCCCCGAGAAAGAGGACUAUGGAGACCUCGACAUCCUCGUGGCCAUGGAGACCCGUCUCGUCUUUCCAACAUCUCCCCGGCGUUGUGUUCCCAGAGGAGUGGAGGAGCUUGCGGUCGACAUCAAGGCAGCCUUGAACGCGGAGCGCUCCAUAGUCAACCCAUGUAAUAAUUCGAUACACCUUGCUAUCCCCUGGCCCAAAGACGAACCCCAGCUUGGAGAGGACAGGCAACGAUACAUCCAGGUCGAUAUCUGCAUCUGUAAGAACAUGGACCAGAUGUUUUGGGCACUCUUCAAAAGCGCACAUAGCGAUGCGUGGACUCUUUUAGGGUCCAUGAUCCGGCCUUUUGGUCUGACUGCUGACGAUGAAGGCCUUUGGCUUCGGAUUCCCGAGAUUGAGAAGCUCGACCGAAAAAAGUCCAGGGUACUACUAACUACCGAUCCCGUUGAAGUACUGCAUUUUCUCGGAAUGCAGGUGGAAGGAUAUUGGUCCGAGCCGUUUCCCACGGUUGACGCAAUGUUCAACUACAUUGCCACCUGCCGCUUUUUCACCGUCAACGAAUCCUCAUCCGGUCCUCCUCAGGAUAACAGCAGCACAAAAAGGAACUUGAAGACCCGCCCUAUCUUCCGGAAGUGGUUCUACGACUUUCUUCCUCGCCUUCGAGCUGAUGGCCGGUUUGAACAACAAUGCCAAAGUGUGUCCGGUAUCAAUGACCUCCGGGUCCACGUUCGAGAUGAAGCCUUCCGGGCCUUCAACGUUGAGCCCAUUUACUGGGCCCAGUUAAAGGACUGGCGGCUGAAAAAAGAGCCCGAGGCAGUAAAGAACCUGAUCAAAUCGGCAAUUCCAAACGACCUCGACCCCCAAUAUAGAGGCAGCCUGUUGAGUGCUAUCAAGAAGAUUAUCAUGGAGGAUAACAGAGAACUUGGCUGGCUGAGACCCAUUUCACUCCGCGAUGACGAAGGCUUUUACGACAAGGAUAUGACGCGGGCCUUCGUGGAGGAAAACUGGGAGGCCAUAGGCAAAGUUGCUUUCAAGAAAUACAGCGAUGCGUAUUAUGCAGGGCUGCAAUCGAAAAAGCUCAAGAAUGCCCACGGGACUGCAAUCCAAUCGCAAUAA